GUCUGACAAGUUUUUUUUUUUUUUUUUUUUUUUUUUAUACGAAGGGAAGAGAAAGGAAAGGGAAAAAAGGUUUUACUGCAACUGCUGCGAACUGUCAAUCUGUGCUGACCUCAUUUUAGGGAGUGAAAGCAAAGAUGGAGACAGCAAUCAAAACAGUAGUGGGAGUGUUCCUGAAGUCAGCAAAGGGCAAGGAGAACCUUGGAUCAAAGGAUUUCCAGAACCUUGUGAAGAACAACCUGAACAACAUUCUGAUGGGCGCAGAGAACAAUGACGAAAUAAAAGGCAUGUGUCAACAACUUGACAACAACCAGGAUGGGAAGGUCAGCUUCCAGGAGUAUAUGAAGCUGAUUGGCUAUUUGGCUCAGGCUCUCAGCGACAAGCGUUGUUCGCAUCAGGAAGAGCAAGCAGAGAGUUCAUCUCAGAAGGCACAAGCUGAAGCAGCUGCAGUGGCCAAGAAGGCAGAACCACAACAGGCAGAGCCAAAGGCAGCAAAGGAGGAGGAGACAAAACAGGAGGCAGUGGCCGAGGAAGCAGCGAUUGAAGAGCAGAAGCCAAAGGAGGAGAACAAAACAAACGUGGAACAGGAAGCAGCGAAAGUGGAAGAGAAUAAUAAAACAGAGGAAGCUUCAUAGGAGCUUGAGAAAGUUGAGAUUUUCAGAUCUGUUUGUUUUACUCUUGUUGUUUUCAUUAUACAUACAGUGGCCCCAAAAAGUAUUUGGACACUUUUGGAAUUUUAAGUCGCACUUAAAUGUGAUUUUAAGUUCAGUCAUGAAAUGGCGCAAGCUGAUAGGUACUUUGAAAGACAAUUUUUACAUUUCCUUAGUUGUUUGCAAGUAAGCUAGUUUCACUGCAGCACGCUAUGAGAGUUUUCUCUCUGAAUCCCUCCUCCUCCCCAACAUCACCUGUCUAGAUCUGCUUCACAGUAGCAGUGACAGCAGCAGCAAUAUAAGCAGAGCUAGUCUGCCAAGACUAAACCUACCAACUUGUCAUAUCUAACACCUUCAGUUUAUUCCGAGAGUUGUCAUGACUGAAAUGCAUGAAUUUUUUUACAUAGACAACAAUAUACUAAACCAAGUGGUAUUUGUAAACAAAUGAUGCUAGACCUUUUCGCAGAAAUAUCUUUAGUUUUCUGAGCCAUUUUUGCAAUGACUUUUAAAGGGAUAGUAAAUGCAAAAUUGAAACUUAUGUUAUCAUUUACUCCAGAAUAAUUUACUUCCCUGGAGCACGAAAGAAGACCUCAGUCACCAUUCACUUUUCACAUGUUUCGUCCUUGCAAUGAAAAGUUAAUGUUUUAAAAGAUGCUUUUUUUAUUUCGAAUAGUAUUUUGCUUGAAUAGUGUGUUUGUGCUGUAUUUCAUUCAAAUAAAUCCCAGUUGGUUUAAUAUUUUGUUACAUAAUGAAAAGACAUUCAUAACUUUUAAAUUUUUAAACUUAAAUAUCCAAAUACAUUUUGGGGCCACUGCACUUAAGAAACCCGGCCAAUACACUACAAAUUUUAGUGGCAUAGGCCACUUGUUCAUUUCAGAUUUUACAACAAUUCAUGCCUGUGAUUCAUUUUGUAAUGAUCGUGUGUGAUAGAUUUUUGCCAAUGUAUUGAGAUGAAAAUGUGACCAAUGGCCAAAGGGGUGCAAUAACAAAAGUCUAUAUCCUUUAUUUGAGCCAGAGUUGUUUUAAAGGGUACUGCAAGCACUGUGUCCCCUCUUCAAUAUGGCAGCACUAGGACUAGUUGAGGACUAGUUGACCCAAACUUUGUGAUUAUGUCUUACCCUCAUGUCUUUUGAAACCCGUAUGACAUUUUCUUCUGUGGAACACAAAAGGAGUCCAAGCUUCUCUUUUCCAUACUAUGAAUGUGAAUCGUGACCAUGGUUGUUAAGCAAGAUUUUCAGUAAAUAACGGUUGAAAUUAGUUUCUUAUACGAAGCAAUGAUAUAUGGCUGCAGAAGACUUACAGUUUCAAAUCUUCUCUUUUUGUGUUCCACUGAAGAAUGAAAGUCAGACAGGUCUGGAAUGACAUGAAGGAGAAUAUCCCUUCAAGUGCUUUUCAUCCCUCAAUGUUUACUUUUUGUUUGUGCCACCUCCUAAUGACAGGGUUGAUCAUCUGACUCCGGUGCUAGUCGUAAAUGUACAAUAUAGCCUACUUUCUUGUGUCACACAACUUCAAACUAGCUAUAAGCCUGUGUUUGUUUUAUAAAAUGGCAUUCUGCAGGAAUUUAACAUAUCUAACUAUGUAGCACAAAAUCAAGUGUCAGACUUGUGCUGCGGCACGCAUGGCAACACUAACUUUAAUCCACAUCCUUUGUUAUUCACAUUUCUGCCAAAUCGGAGAAAGGCAUUGUUUGCAUGAGAAAAAUAAACACAUUUUGUUUUAAAUAAAGUCGUUUUAUGGCAUGCUUUUACAUUCUAUCUUUGCACUUGUAUCUAACUCUCUCUGACACCCUCCAUUAGCUGUCCUUUCUUUAUUUCAGUCUUCUUACCCGUGUGGUUUUCUUAUUGCGUGGUCUCAGAGCUGAAAUAUCAGGUGCUUAGUGUCCUUAUGAUGGCCGAUGCUCAAUAAUUAAAAGCCUUUGGGAUGGAAUCCACACCAGGGACCCUGUGGGAGCCCCAAGUAGUCCCAAAGUAUUGGUUCACUAAUGCAGAAAAGCCCCUGAAGACUUAUAAUAAGUGGGACAAUUCAAUAAUCACUCAAACUCUCCAAACCCUUUUGAACUGUUGUUGACACAACCUGGAGUGUCCUGCAUGAUGUUUGCCUCCCUAUAUUUAGGUGUUUUUCAUGUCUUUGGUCAUUUCUUGGUCUAAAAUCUAGAUUUUUGUUUUGGCACUUACUAAACAAUUGAGGUAUUUGUGUAAGGUUUUUAGCAGCUCAGUCAACCUUUACUAAAUCCACUGGGGACUAAAUUCAUAGAGCAUUCAUGAAGUGCUUUUAACCACAUUUUUUAUGAAUGCAUGAUGUGAUCAUUGCCAACCAGUGUGUAAGCAUAUUUAGACCUUAGAGAAGUAUUAAAUGAAAUGUAUAAAAUCAAAGUAAUGAAUGAAAUGGAGAAUACCAAGAAAAUCUUAAAGACCACUAAUAUAAUUUAUAUAUCAUUUGUAUGUAGCUACAAAAUUAUUUUAGCCAUAUCAGUGGUAUUACAUUUAUUUAUGUUGUAUUCUAUCAUAUAUCAGCUAUUCUAAAAUUUGUGCUAGGCAACCAUGUUACAAAGGCCUAAUGAGGAACCUUAUCUUAGUGUUCCCUGAAUUUUUCACUAAUUAUCAAUGAUUCAAUGCAUUUUGAUAUAGCAACAUGUUGUAAAGACGUGACGUUUUCCUAUGUGUCAUGAAAUGUUUAUAAAAAGCCAUGCAUUUUCCAAGUCCAAAUAACAGACUAAAUAAAAAGAACAGUACUUUCA